AUGGGUAACGAAGGAAAGGAAAAUGAAAUCUCCGUCCAGGAGUACGAUAAUACAUCAGGGCUUAGGACACCUUUAAACCAAGUCAAACGCAGUGAUUCUAUGAUUCGUGGGAAUAGGAGACCAUUGGCAAGUAAGGAUAAUAAUAGAACUCAAUCCAUGCUGAGUGUGAAAAACAACGCAGUGGGUAGUCAUGUAGAUCAUACGCUAAAAAGGCCAGCCAGCAAUCUGGUCAAAAAUAUGCCAGAGAAUAAGCUGAAGAAAUAUGGAAGCGUGUUAGGGAUGAAUAGCUUUAUGCCCAGAACCAAGUCUUUGGUUCUGAAGGAUACAGAACUGAAUGAGAGAAGCGAAGAAGAAGAAGAAGAAGAAAACGACGAAGAAGAUCUACCAUUGUUUUCUACGGGAAACAAAACUGGAUUGGGAUUAGGAUUUGGCAGUGGGCUCAAAGCUCUCAUAAAAGAAAAAGAGGACGAACUACAGAUUGAAUAUGCACCUAAAAGACAGGAAGAGCUACCGCACGUACCCAAUGGGUAUGAACCUUUUGACCAGGAGUCAAUAGAAAAACUCAAGAAUCACAAAUCUCCAUUCCAGGUGGAUCCAUUACACUUUGACAAAGAUGAAUACAAUAAUGAUAACGAUUUAGGCACUGAACCACAACUUCUAAGUAUAGAAUCACCCAAAGAUGACAUAAUAUCCCCAUACAAGCAUAGCGGUGAUUAUCAUAAUCAACAUAGUAGUACUACGAUGGAACUGGCGUCCGAUAACGAGAGUAUCACUAUAGAUCUCGGCGAAGAGUACAAGGGAAACGGAUUGAAUAUAAGUGAGCUAAACUCUCUAUUAGAUUAG